AUGUACGGCUUUAAUUUUAACCGCAGCACCAGCACCACCGUCAGCCCCGGAGGAGGAACUGCCGGAGUAGGAGUAAGAUCCCUCGCCGCCGGCGACUUUUAUCUGAACUCUGUCAGCCCGACAUUUCUGCAAUCUUAUUCCUCCCGUUUACUUUCCUCGUCGGCCAUGCUACUCACGGGCGCCGCGGACGACGACAAUUAUUCGGCUGCUGCUUCUAAAAUCCCUGACCUCAAUUUCCCUUCCCCAGAAGCAGCAGCCGCCACCCGCCAUCGAUCCACCUCUUCAUGGCCUGGUCUCUCCGGGGUUGACAGCGUGGCAGCACUUGGCUCUAGUGCUACUGAGCAGCUUCUUGCUAACCUUAAGCGUUCCUCUUCCGAAUCACUCUAUCAUCAGACUCUUUUUGGUGCCCAUAACACUCUUGGGCAAACUGAAGCCUGGUUUUCCACAAACCAUUUAGUCAAGCGUCCUAGAUUCGACGGUUCAAGUGGUUUGCCCAUUUAUCCCCAGAGGCCAGGAGAGAAGGAUUGUGCCCAUUACAUGCUCACAAGAACAUGUAAGUUUGGAGAUAGCUGCAAGUUUGAUCAUCCUAUUUGGGUUCCGGAAGGCGGAAUCCCAGAUUGGCAAGAGGUUCAAGUAAGUUCAACUGAAUUGUUUCCACAAAGACCUGGGGAGCCAGAUUGUCCGUUUUUCCUGAAGACUCAAAAAUGCAAGUUUGGGACCAAGUGCAAAUUCAACCACCCAAAAAAAAUCAAUCUUGCUACAUUACCUGAAAGACCUACAGAGCCUCCAUGUGCAUUCUAUAUGAAGACAGGAAUAUGCAAAUUCGGUGCUGUGUGCAAAUUUCAUCAUCCAAAAGAUAUACAGUUACCAGGUGCUAUACAAGAAAACAACAAUAGUGAUCUGAGGUAUAAUAAUGGAACCAACGGUGAUUUGAAGCCUAUCACUCCAGCUUUAAUGCACAACACAAAAGGACUUCCCAUUAGAUUGGGGGAAGUUGAUUGCCCCUUCUACCUGAAAACUGGGAGUUGUAAAUAUGGUCAAACUUGUCGCUUCAAUCAUCCAGACAGAAAUUCAAUCAAUCCACCUGCCGCUGCUGUUGACGCAGCUAUUAUAGCUUCUCCUGCACAACAUUUAAGCAUUGGUUUUGUAAAUCCAGCUGCAUCAAUCCUCCAGAAUUUUGCCCCAAGAUUGACGCAAACAACGCUUGAGUUGGCUGCCGCUGUAUACCCGCAACGACCUGGAGAGUUAGAAUGUGAUUUCUUUAUGAAAACUGGGGAGUGCAAAUUUGGGCAAAGGUGCAGAUUUCAUCAUCCCAUUGAUCGUACUGCUCCAACGAUGGCAUCUGCAUUAAAGGAAAUUCAGCUGCAGCAGAAUCUCAAUCUCACAGGUUUACCUAGGAGAGAGGGUGCCAUCCGCUGUCCUUAUUAUAUGAAGACCGGAACAUGCAAAUAUGGUAGGGGUUGCAGGUUUGACCAUCCACCUCCUGGUGAGGUGAUGGCUUCGAUGGCGACAACAACGCGAGGGGCUUCAACAUCUUCUUCCAGUGGAGGGUAA